UUAUCCAGCCUGGCACUUCCGCACUAGCACUGUCUGUCGCUGAUUUCAUGCUUCUGUUAACGUGAAGCUCAUUAUUUUGUACAUAUAAAAAUAAAAGUUUAUACGUAUUUUUUUGUGUUUUGUAUGUUUUCGUACGCUAAAGCAGCAAUGUAAGAACAUUUAUGCAUUAAAGCGAAUCACUAAAGCGUAUUGUGUACUUACCAGCUGCUCAUCUGCCUUGUUUACUGCAUACCCAUCAAUUUUGACAUCUAUACACUUACAACCUCGUUUAAAAAACAGAAAUGCUGAAGGCUGUCAUUCUCAUUGGAGGUCCUCAAAAGGGGACCAGGUUUCGCCCGCUGUCUUUUGAGGUACCCAAACCUCUGUUUCCAGUGGCUGGAGUGCCAAUGCUUCAGCAUCACAUUGAGGCCUGCUCUAAGCUUCCAAAUUUAAAGGAGAUCCUAGUGAUUGGUUUUUAUCAGCCUAACGAAGAGCUUAACAGAUUUCUGUCAUGUGCCCAACAAGAUUUCAAAAUAUCAAUACGAUAUCUGCAGGAGUACGCUGCCUUGGGAACAGGAGGAGGAAUCUACCAUUUCAGAGAUCAGAUCCUGUCAGGGGCCCCAGAGGCGUUUUUUGUCAUGAAUGCAGACGUCUGCUCAGAGUUUCCUCUGCCAGAGAUGCUGAACUUCCAGAAAGAACACGGAGACACCUACAGUUUUGUCAUCCUCGGCACCACUGCCAACAGGAAACAGUCCUUGAACUACGGCUGUAUUGUUGAAAAUGAGCAAACUGAUGAGGUCAUGCAUUAUGUAGAGAAGCCCAGCACAUUCGUGAGUGACAUAAUCAACUGUGGAAUAUACCUGUUCACACCAGAGAUAUUUCAGCACAUCGGAGCGGUUUUCCAGAAGAACCAGCAGGAUAUGUUGUUAUAUUCAUAUGAUGGAGAGGAGCAGUCCAAUGGUUGGCAUCGGGCAGAGGUGAUUCGCUUGGAACAGGACAUCUUCACUGCACUGGCAGCCCAGGGCAAGUUAUACGUGUACAAAACGGACCGUUUCUGGAGUCAAAUUAAAUCUGCAGGAUCUGCAAUUUAUGCAAGCCGCUUGUAUCUUAACCAAUACCAUAAAACACAUCCAGAGAGGUUGGCUACAAAUAAAGAUGGAGGAGCAAAGAUCAUGGGAAAUGUUUAUAUACAUCCAACUGCCAGCAUCGAUCCAACUGCUGUGUUAGGUCCAAACGUGUCCAUAGGUACUGGGGUAACGAUAGGUGCAGGAGUUCGUGUUAGAGAAUCCAUCAUCCUUCAUGGUGCAACUUUACAGGAUCAUAGCUGUGUGUUGAACAGUAUUGUGGGAUGGGACAGCACUAUCGGCAAAUGGGCCAGAGUUGAAGGGACCCCUAGUGACCCAAAUCCUAAUGACCCAUAUGCUAGAAUUGAUAGCGAGACGCUCUUCAGAGAUGGAAAAUUAACACCCUCCAUUACAAUUCUAGGCUGUAAUGUAAAUAUACCAUCUGAGGUCAUCAUACUCAACUCUAUCGUCCUGCCACACAAAGACCUCAGCAGAAGCUUCAAAAACCAGAUCAUAUUGUAGAUUUAUCUUCCUGUGUUCACUUUUCCUUUGUACGUGUUCAUAGAAUUUAGUAAAAACGAAUACUUUAAAUGAAACAUUAUUAUUAAUAGCCAAGUCAUCUUUGGAUCUGGUGGUAUUUAUUAUGUUUAAUUUUCAUAAAAGACUGUAUGCUGUAGGGUGGUGCUUGGUACAGAUACAUGGUUUAUCUUGGAGUUGAAUUAUAAAAACAAAUGCCAAAAAACUCUGUUACAGAACACAUUUUUUCAUUACACUGCUGAUAAAAUAUAAUGUAUUUUCUUGCUAGAUGGUAAAAUAUAAAAAGAGUGGUGUAAUUAUGUUGAAGUAUUUUGUUUGUCUUGUCUUAGACAUCUGCAAUAAAUUCUAUUUUUAUUGUAACAAAAGAUAA